UUGAACUUUUUCCAACAUAUUAUGAUCUUCAAACAUUUCUCUCUCACCGUUUUCUUCCUCAUAUGUUCCUAUCAUCCUCUUUGAAAAACCUAAUUUCAACUUUCUUUUAUUACCUAAGAUGACAAAAUCAGUUUAAGGAUUGUUGAAGCAAUCAGCUUAUGUGUAGACGUAGAGAAAAAUAUGGAAGGGAAUGCAUGUGAAAUCGAUCACUUGGAUUCAGAUGUGGUUUUGCCUCCUCGAAAACGGCUUCUAGCAGGACUGACAAAUCAGAAUUUUGAUGUUAAUCCAUGUACCCCAUCCCCACCUAUUGAGUUCGAUAUCCGUCUUAAUAACUUAUUGAAGUUUCGCUCGGAUGAUUGUAAUCGUUCCAUUGAGGAGAUUGUCGAGGCCUCGAGAGUGGAAGCUCUAAAAGCUGUUGAGCUUGCAAAAGCUGCAAGAGAUGUUGCUGAAGAGAAAGCUGAAAAAGCAGCAAAAGCCAUGGCUGCUGCUAAGAGCGCUAUGGAGUUGGUUGCUGCUAUUUCCGAUGAGGUAACUGGUAGAGACAAAUACUCGACGAAGAAUAAGAUAACGAAGCAUGUUCCUGUUCAGAUGUUGUAUAAUAAGUAUAAAGGAACCAAGGAUUGUAGAAAGGAUGAAGAUUUAGCCCCGACAUUACGUAGGUCAAUAACCAGCUCUCCAAGAAUUUCAAAGAACUCAACUUCUGACGGUAGAAAUCACAAACAUAAGAGGCUUAAAAAUGCUUCUCCUUCCGAAAAGGCUAAGUUUCAGGAUGGAAGUACGUCCACUACAAAGAAUCGGAAUUAUAGUGGUCAUGGGAAACCAAUGAACUUGAAGGAGAAAUUUGGAGAAUCUCUGGGUGAUAUUUGUAACAUUGGCAAAAAGAAGGGGAGGAUGAAGCAGAAAAAAUUACCCCUCAGCAUUUGCAGUUUCAGGGACAAAGUGAACCCCAAAAUGGACAUGAAUUCCAAAAGUUCUUCGUUACCUGUUGAGAGGUCAUCUACAUGGAAGUGCCAAGCUUUUAAGGCACCGACUUGCGUUAAACAGUAAGUCGAUGCAAUCAGUCUUCGCAUUUUUAGUUUCAAGAGGAGCGGCUGCCAUGAUGGAACUUUUAGUCUGAGGUAGUUUCUCCUUCGUGUUUUCCAUUAUUCCUUCUUUUUAUAGAUAUGGCCUCUUCCAUUCCUUAGUUUGAAUUAACGUGUAUAUCUUGAUAUUUAACUGCUUACAUAUUUAUUUUCCACAUAAUGUUGCCUAUAUUUGCUUCAGCAAAGCCAGAAUGAGAUGGUGAGAAAAUUAUGUAUUUGCGGAGAUUACUCUUGAAUAUCUCAAUUCACAGAUGUACAAUAUUCUACCGUGGAUUCAGAAAAACUUCGUGGAUCAAACUUUAAUGCCUCCCAAUUAAGUAGUUCUUAUUUUUGUGUUCUAGGUUCUAGGACCUGUCUUCUCCUUUACCAAUGAGUUUUCGGUUCGCAUGAAUCAGAUGAAAAUGAGAUUUUGGUUUCCAUUGUGUUUGACAGGAUUUUGUUAGGUUAUGGAUUUCCAUUUCCUAGUUUACUUCUGUUAGCGGUCAUCAUCAGUAGCAUUAGAAGUGUAAGAUUUUUUGGCAAAGGAGACUCAUGUAUGUCUCUUCCUUUCAUUCAUCUCACUGUAACAUUAUUAUUGAUGUACAUAUGUAAAGCAGUAGCAUUGUUUUGUGUCUAAGAGGAUUAUAAACCAAUACACCAUCAAUCUAUCGUAAAGCAUGAUGAUUUUCUUGAA